AGUAGGCUUGCCGGGUCAGGAUCCUCAGCAGACCGCCACCAUGGGUUUCUUCCGUGUCUCCAUCGACAAGACGCGCGCCGUCCUAUACACGCUUGGCUUCCUGGCCUCGCUCUACGCCGUCGAGCUGGCCAGCUCGGCCUCCGUCUUCGAUGCCGUCGUCGGCGACUACUCGGCCCUGCGCUCCUGCUUCGCCACCAUCAUGGCGCCCAUUCUCUGGAACCUUCUCCCCCAGAUCUUCGGCCCCGCUCUCAUCAACUGGAUCGGUCGUCGCCAGGCCAUGCUCGUCUUCUCCCUCUACGUCUUCCUCUUCACCUGCUUCCGCUCUUGGGCCUUCCAAAUGGGCAUUGCCGAUGACAAGACCAGCUUUGAUGUUCUCCUCCCCUUCUUCCCCAAUGCCACCGUCUUCCACAACAUUUUCUUCGCCGUUGGUGCUGCCACUGUCCUUGUCGGCACCGUCCUCACCUCGGCCUCCUUCAUCCGCCUUGGCAUCUUUGGCACCUACAUGGGCGAGUUUUUUGGUGUCAUGCUCUCGGAGAAGAUCACCACCUUCCCCUUUGACGUGGUUGACAACCCCAUGUAUUUUGGCUCGAGCCUGAUGCACAUUGGUCUGGCCAUCAUGGAACAGUCCCCUGUUGGUGUUGUCCUCGGCGCCGUCGUCUUCUGGUGGUACUACAUGGCUGCCCUCUACGAAGAGCCCCUCAUGGUUGAGAUGUACAAGAAGGAUCUCGGCAAGGUGCGCGUUCGCCACGGCUGGGACAUCCUGGCCAGCUUCGCCACUGCUGCGUAA